CGAGCGCGAGCGCGCCCUCGACUACUACGGGCUCUACGAYGAGCGCGGGCGGCCCUACGCCUACCCCGUGGUGGCCGAGGAGGAGCUCAUGCCCGAGGACGACCAGAGGGCCACGCGCAACCUCUUCAUCGGCAACCUGGACCACAGCGUGUCGGAGGUGGAGCUGCGGCGCGCCUUCGAGAAGUACGGCAUCAUCGAGGAGGUGGUCAUCAAGCGGCCGGCGCGCGGCCAGGGCGGCGCCUACGCCUUCCUCAAGUUCCAGAACCUGGACAUGGCGCACCGCGCCAAGGUGGCCAUGUCGGGCCGCGUGGUCGGCAGGAACCCUAUCAAAAUCGGCUACGGCAAGGCCAACCCCACCACCCGGCUGUGGGUGGGCGGGCUGGGGCCGAGCACGUCGCUGGCGGCGCUCGCCAGGGAGUUCGACCGCUUCGGCAGCAUCCGGACUAUUGACUACGUGAAGGGCGACAGCUUCGCCUACAUCCAGUACGAGAGCCUGGACGCGGCGCAGGCCGCCUGCGCGCAGAUGAGGGGCUUCCCGCUGGGCGGCCCCGAGCGGCGGCUCCGCGUGGACUUCGCCAAGGCCGAAGAGACCCGCUACCCGCAGCAGUACCAGCCGGCGCCGCUGCCCGUGCACUACGAGCUGCUGGCCGACGGCUACAGCCGGCACCGCAGCCUCGAGCAAGACCUGCGCGUGCGGGAUCGGACUCCUCCGCACCUCCUCUACUCCGACCGGGAGCGGGCCUUCGUGGAGGCCGAGUGGGCCAGCCCGGCCAAAAACGCCGAGCGCCGCAACAACCUGGAGGGCUACGGGCGCUCGGUGCGCAGCCGCAGCGGGGAGCGCUGGGGCGGCGAGGGCGAGCGCGGYGCUCCCAAGCCCUGGGAGGAGCGGCGCAAGCGGCGCAGCCUCUCCAGCGAGCGCGGCAGGGCGGCCCACUCGCCCUACGAGGACAGGGGCCGGGYGAAGGCGGCCGCGCCGGGCGCCGAGCGCAGCCCCGAGCGGGCCCGCAAGGAGAACCACACUGCGGAGUGCGGCGCCGACAAGGAGCCCGGCAACUCGCUGCAGAACAACCGGCACGCGGCCGAGGAGAAGCCCCACCGCGAGGCCGCCGACGCGCCCCAGCCCAAAAAAAGGGACAGCGAACGCAAUCACCGAACUGGCGAAUCGGAGCCCAAAAGUCACGAGGAGCCAAAAUCCGAGACCAAAAAGCUAAAGAAUCUGUCGGAGUACGCGCAGACGCUGCAGCUCGCUUGGAACGGGCUCCUCGUGCUUAAAAACAGCUGCUUCCCCACGUCUAUGCACAUCCUGGAGGGCGACCUGGGCGUCAUCAACGGACUCCUCAAAGACCACUCGUCCGGCGGGAAGCUCACGCAGCUCAAAAUCGCGCAGAGACUGCGGCUCGACCAGCCCAAGCUGGACGAAGUGACUCGCCGCAUCAAACAGGGCAGCCCCAACGGCUACGCGGUGCUGCUGGCCACGCAGUCGAGCGCGGCGGCGGCGGCGCCGGGGGCCGAGGGCGCCGCGGCGGCCGCCGUCGAGCCCGGCCUGCAGCGGCGGCUGCUCAGGAACCUGGUGUCCUACUUGAAACAGAAGCAGGCUGCUGGCGUGAUCAGCCUGCCCGUGGGAGGCGCCAAGGGCAGAGACAGCACAGGCAUGCUCUACGCCUUCCCCCCGUGCGACUUCUCGCAGCAGUACCUCCAGUCGGCACUACGGACCUUGGGGAAGCUGGAGGAGGAACAUAUGGUGAUAGUUAUAGUCAAAGACACUGCCUAGCCCACACUGUCUUUUUUUYCCCCCCCCCUCCCAGUCCAUGUUUUCUUUGUGUGUCACGACAGCCCGGUUGGUUUUUUCAGGCCGACCGUUUCGGCAGAGGCUCCAAAGCCCUCGGCCGAAGCGGGGAGAUUUUUAGUUCCUAAUUAAUUUUAAUACCAUUUAAAUAGAGCCCAUUUUAUUCGUUUUUAAUAUGUGACACUGUCCGCUGUGUUCUGUAUUUUUAUUUUUUAACUGUAUGAAAAGUUGUCAGUAAAGCCUUGUUCACU